AUGUGGACGCCGUUGCGUGGGAGCAGCGCCCGGCGCAGCGGCCACCGCCGCAUCACGGACUACCUGGCGGCCUACCAGACCACCACCGUCGCCACCGACGCGUCCGACAACGAGUCCUACACUACCGCCUAUGGGGAGGAGUUCUUCGCCGCCGCCGGGAGCGGCGGCGGUGGCGGCGGCAUGCUGUCGGCAUUCCUCGCGGACCAGGGGGACCUGGUGGAGGUCAUGCUGGAGCUGGACGAGGAGUCCAUGGUAGUGCGCAGCGUCACGCCCACCAGCGCCGCGCUCUACGGGUGUUGA